AUGUAUUUACAACGUCGUUUUAUUAAUCUUCAUUUUCCUCUUCUUAUUUUCCUUCGUCUCUUUCUUUGUCUUUUCAUAUUUUCUUUUAUUUUUUUAUUUUUCUCAAUAUAUUUCUCUUUCUUUCUUUUAUACGUUCUCUCAUUUUUAUUAAUCUUACAUUGUUCUCAGUUUCUUUCUUUAUUUUCUCUUUUACUUUUCUUUCUUUAUUUCUUUCUUUCUUUGUUUAUUUUAAGCAAUGUUUCCCAUUUUAUUCUUUAUCCUGUCUUUUUAAUAUUUUUUCGUUUUUCUCUUUUUAUUUGGUCAUUAUUUCAAUAUUUUCUUUUCUUUUCUUCUUUCUUUCUUUUUCUUUCUUUCUUUCUUUCUUUUUUUCUUUUCAUUCUGGUUGAUGAAUUUUAUGUUUCUUUUCCCAAUUUCUUUCUUUUUUUUCUUUUUCUUUCAUUCUUUCGUUUAUGUGCUUUUUUUCUUUUUGUUUCAUUCUUUCUCAUUUUAUCCUUUCUCCUCUUCUUUAAUAUCUCUUCGCUUUUUCCUUCUUUUUAUUUAGUCAUUACUUCAAUAUUUUCCAUUUCUUUCUUUCUUUUUUCCUUUCUUUCUUUCUUUCUUUCUUUCUUUCUUUCUUUUAAUUUAUUGUUUUUUCUUAUUCUUUCGUUUCCUUCUUUGUUAAUUAUUUCUUUUUUUUCCAACUUUUCAAAAGUCUCUCCUCAUUUUCUUUCCUCACCGUUUCUCUCACACCCUAUUUUUGUCUAG